AUGUCUACUUUGCCUGCGUCAUGGUAUUCCUCCCCAGAGAUGUACGAGCUUGAGCGACGCGCUAUCUUCUGUCGGAAAUGGCUUCUCACUACACACACAAUGCGUUUCGCCAAGACUGGUGACUGGAUCAAAUAUAAUAUCGCUGGAUACGCCUUCAUCCUUGUCAAGGAUCGCGAGGGGAAUGUCAAUGCAUUCCAUAACAUCUGUCGACACCGCGCAUUCCCAGUAGUGACGGGGGAUGGUGGUACUUCCCGAAUCUUCUCCUGCCAAUAUCACGGAUGGUCCUACGGACUCAAUGGCAAGCUCGCGAAGGCACCUGGAUACCAGGAGCUGGAGGGCUUUGAUAAGAGCAAGAACGGUCUCCUACCGAUCCACUCCCACAUUGAUGACAACGGAUUCAUCUGGCUGAACUUGGAUGCCGACGAGACUCCUGAGGUUUCGUUCGCGGAUGACUUUAAAGAUAUCGAUCUGCAGGCCCGUCUCAAGGGUUUCAACUACGAAGACUACGAAUUCGAUAACGCAUGGGAGACAACUGGAGAGUACAACUGGAAGACUCUUGCACACAUCUACAAUGAGCGCUACGAGGGCCAAACUUCUUACCCGGAUAGCAAGUCCGAGCAGAUUGCCAAGAGUCUGAGGGCUGCUAGUACCUACUACUUUCCCAAUGCUACCAUGACCGUUUCACCCCAUUCUUUCUUCAUGCAGCGCUUUGUGCCCACAGGCCCCACUUCCUGCUCAGUCCGAUACGAGGUUUUCCGAAACAAGAGCUCCAGCGAGGAGGAAUUUGAAAAGAUUAACGAAGUGUACAAGAGCAUCAUGUCCGAAGAUAACGGUCUCUGCAUUGAAGCACAAAAGAGCCUUAAUGAUGGACAGCUCUCUUCUCAGUUGGAGAAAGGCCCCCUCAGCUUCCAGACUACUGUCCAUGACCUUAUUACGGAGCACCAAAAACGGGAAGAGGAGGCACAGAAGCAGAUCUGGCCUGCCCAGCAAAAACUCCCCGUCGAGGAAGAGACCAGUAAGGAGGACAUGGAUUUCUGCUCAAAGCUCACGAGUCCCCUCAGUGGGUGCUGCGGAGGAAAGGCUUGCGGAGCGGGCCCUGCACCAGGACCAGCGACUGCAACAGAGACAGCGGUCUACUAA